AUGGGUGACUUGUUGUUUUGUCGCGCGCGCGAGCGAGGUGCGCCGGCGCCGGCGCCACUCUACUUCUAUGAUCACUGGCUGCGGCUGUUGGUCAAUCAAGCCGUCGCUGUUGUCGACGCCGUCGCCGCUGUUGCUGCUGCCGAGGCGUCGUCUCUCUCCCCAUCGUUUUUUGCCCCUAUUCCCAUUGAAAAAUCCAAAUUCAAAGCAACACUGCCGCGUCGACGUCGUCAAUCAAUGACGGAAAAUCAAAAGUCCGGUGGUAACAACAACACCGGCAACACCGGAACAUCAGCAACUGGUGGGCCUAAUCAGCAACAACAGGCCUCACCGGAUUCACCAAAUGCACACGAGAAGCCAAACCACCAACAUUAUCUGAAUGAGUUCCGAGUCGAAGCGUGUCCCUUCUUCAAGCAACAUCAAUGUCAGCAGCAUCGACCGUUUACGUGUUUCAAAUGGCAUUUUGCAAAUCAGAGACGCCGCAGGCCAGUUCGCAAACCUGAUGGCUCCUUCAACUAUUCGCCGGAUAUUUACUGCGACAAAUAUGACGAGAACACAGGAAUUUGUCCUGAUGGCGACGAAUGCAUUUAUCUUCAUCGAGUAUCGGGAGACGUUGAAAGAAAAUACCAUUUAAGAUACUACAAGACUGCUCAAUGUGUACACCCCACUGAUUCACGUGGACAAUGUGUUAAGAAUGGAGCUCAUUGUGCUUUUGCACAUACCACCACCGAUCUCCGUCAACCAAUGUACGAUCAACAUGAACAAGGAUUUUCCACUCAUAUCGAUGGAGAAGGACGUGAUAAAACCAGUUUCGUUAUCGAAGAUCCUCAGUGGCAUUCGCAAGAUCAUGUUCUAUCUUGCUACAAAACCGAACAAUGUCGCAAACCAGCAAGACUCUGCCGACAGGGUUACGCUUGUCCUUUCUAUCAUAAUUCAAAAGAUCGAAGACGCCCACCAGCGGUUUACAAGUAUAGAUCUACUCCUUGCCCUGCGGCAAAGACCAUCGAUGAAUGGUUAGAUCCUGAUAUUUGUGAAGCUGGCGACUCUUGUCAGUACUGUCACACUAGAACUGAACAACAAUUCCAUCCGGAAAUUUACAAGUCUACUAAAUGCAAUGAUAUGCUUGAACACGGAUAUUGUCCACGAGCUGUUUUCUGUGCUUUUGCUCAUCACGAUUCUGAGCUCCAUGCUCCGCGAAAUCCUUAUGUGAGCAGUACUCAAGCAAGUCCAAAGGAACAAUGUAGCCCAACGGCCAACUCAAAUGGAUUUAACGUCUCAACCGAACAGCUACGAUUUGAGUCUCCAAUCAACAACGGUAUUUCGCCAAGUUAUUCUGCUGUUCUUAAACAACGUCAACCCAUUUCCACAGGAAAAACUUACGCUUCCACUGAACUUAUUUCAAGCAGUUACCCAAAAGCUCCGGGGUUUGAACGCAGUCCAAUGUCUACUGGUAGCUAUGAUAUGAUGAGAAACGAUCAACGUCUUCGUACUCAUUCUCUAAACAUGGGACAUCUAGAUAUGCUCCGUAGAAAUAUGGUAUUAAAUGGUGGCUUGCAACCGAUCGAUGGUAGUGGAACAGUGGCAUCCCAUUCCUCUCUUUGCCGAUCGGAUAGUGGAUUUAAUGCUGUGACGGACACGUCGCUUGGAACAUUAGAUGAACUCAACCUCGAGCUACCACCCAUUGAAGAACAUGGAAAUCGCCAAUUCGGUAGCAUUUUCAGUGACAUGAGUGGUGGUACUAUGAGAUCGCAAGAUCCGUUCUCGACUCCGUCAUUCUUUGGACACGCAAACGAUCAAUUGAGUUCACCAACUCAUACCGAUAUUUUUAGCAGUGGAACGUUCGAUAACAGCAUGUAUACAUCAGAGGCUCCUAAUGGAGACUACGAUGAUUUCGCAAAACAACAACAACGUUAUGAUAUGCAGUCAAAGCAAGAUAAAAUGACCUAUUACGAAGAAACUCUUAAACAAUGCAAGCAAGUGUGUGACAUGUGGAAAAUGCGCGCCGAGCAAGCUGAAAUGGAAAAAAAUCGUGCUAUUUUGGAACGUGAGCAGGUGGUUCAACAACUAGAUGCUCUCCGCAUUCACAUUGCGACAUCCGGUGCUGGAUUUAUGCCGCAGGUCCAGCCUCUAUCAUCACCAUUGGCUAUCAACGCCAACAACACUGAUCAUAUUGUCGAAGGUGGAAUUCGUCCUUCGGCUUCUCUUCAGCACAGCCCGCCGUAUAACAUUUUUGGGAACGACUGCGAUGCAGCUGCUCCAGCUUGUGCUCGUUGCGGUCGUGAUCGCUCGCGUUCUGGAUCUGACAGCCAGAGUUCGUGUCCGGUAUGCUCCAACUAG